GCCUCUCUGUCAUCUACGCAGAGAUUCUUUCUCUCUCAAACACUCAUAAACACAUUAUCAGCUAGAGUUUGACUUUUUUUUCCCCGGAGGAAACAUGGCGUCGAACCAUGAGUUUCUUGCUCGGUUCGUCGAGGAGACAACGUUUUACAACCGGAUGGUUCUGAGCCACCUUUUGCCGGCGAAUCUAUGGGAGCCUUUGCCACAUUUCCUCCAAACAUGGCUCCGGAAUUACUUAGCCGGAAACUUACUUUACUUUAUCUCAGGCUUCCUCUGGUGCUUCUACAUCUAUUACCUCAAACUCAACGUUUACGUCCCUCAAGAUUCUGUUCCUACGAGAAAGGCAAUGAUUCUACAAAUAUAUGUGGCAAUGAAGGCUAUGCCUUGGUCCGCACUUGUUCCAACUGUCUCUGAGUAUAUGAUCGAGCGUGGUUGGACCAAAUGUUACUCUACACUUGAUCAGUUCAACUGGUUCCUCUGUUUGGUUUACAUCGCGUUCUAUCUUGUUUUAGUUGAGUUUAUGAUUUAUUGGGUUCACAAAAUGACUCAUGACAAUAAAUUUCUCUAUAAGUAUCUCCAUGCAACCCACCAUAUGUACAACAAGCAAAACACUCUCUCUCCAUUUGCUGGGCUUGCGUUCCAUCCACUGGAUGGGAUACUUCAGGCAGUACCGCAUGUGAUAGCUCUGUUCAUAGUGCCGAUACAUCUCAUAACACAUUUGAGUCUUUUGAUUAUGGAAGGGAUAUGGACAGUGAGCAACCAUGAUUGCAUCAAUGGUAACAUAUGGCUUAUAAUGGGUGCAGGACACCAUACCAUACACCAUACAACAUACAAGCAUAACUAUGGCCAUUAUACCAUUUGCAUGGAUUGGCUGUUUGGCUCACUAAAGGUUCCUUUAGCUGAAGACGACAGCUUUAAUGAGAAAGAAAAGUAAGAAUGUUCAACGUACACAUUUUUGUUGUUGUACUCGUUAGUCUUAAACCUUUGUAAUAUCACUUUGUUGGAAUGAGAAACAUGAUUGCACUA